AUGGCGUCGACGGCGUUCGCAGGUUACAACCACCACCACGGCUCUCGUACAACAAACGACGGAGCGGCCGUUGAUUUUUGUGCGAUGGAGCACAGACGUCGCAAGAUAAGAGAGCACUCCGAGCAAGGAGACGCAGAGACGGCGCCUCCUCCAGCCCGACGUUUCUCAACUGCCUCCGGCUGUACAGGCCCCGGUUCGCCUUUUGUCUUAUCUUUUUCCUCGUUUUUUUGAAGUUCCGAUGUUCUUUUUUUGGUGCGAGCUCUACAGUUUGUUAGAUUUUUGGAUUUUUGGAUUAGUUUAUUUGAGACAGACUUAAAAUUGACCCGACAGUUUGAUAAAAAAAUAUUUUUAGUAUAUUUUUGAAUCAAUAUAUAAGUGAAAGUUGAUCAAAAGCAAAAAAAAAACUUCAAUAGGAAUUUAAUAGAAACUUUUUUUCAACGAAAUUUUGUGAGUCAUAUCUUUUUGUUUACCUUUUUUUUCCCUGUUUCGCCAUAGUCCACUUUUUCUUCUUGUUUAUAACUUUUCCUUUUUUUCAGAUCUUCAUUUUUAUUGAAGAUGUAACAUGGGAAAUUACAAGUCGCGACCAUUUACAUCAUGUUCCGGUGAGUCGAAGUAUUAGGAAAAUGUGAAGGGAUUGCUUAAGGGGCGUAAAUUAUUCCGCAUUUGAUUUUCUAGAUAUUUUGACUUUAAUUAAUUAUUUUGGAUUUUCUUUUCCACAAAAAAAUUUCUGACUCCCUGAAAGGUCUUUCAAAGCUCCAAAAGGUCAACUUGAGGAAACUUUUGAAAAUGCUUUAUAAAGCGAAAUCCACAAGAACAUCUGAAUUUUUCAGACGAAGUGAAGAAAAAGAUCAGCGAGGGCUAUUCGGUGGUUCGAAGUCGUUUGAAUGACGACGUUCGGGCUCGAGGGGCCGCUUGGACUGACCUACAGAUUGCGGCGUUGUUAGUUUUUUUAUAGAAAUUCGAUUCGAGUUCAAAAAAAUGGUUAUAAAUGCAAUUUAAUAUAGUUUUCAUUUUGAAUUUUUUUUUCGCGUGUGACUGCGUCUGCGGUACUUCGUCGCUGUGGCUUGGGCUUAUUUUUUUCCAAACAUUUUUAUUCUAUUUUUGAUUAUUUUGAAUGACUUCUAGUUUCAGUAAAAAUAUUCUUUAGCCUAUUUGCUUGAUCAUUAGUCCGUCUGUAGUUGGAAAAAUCAUUGAAUUUCGCCUUUUUUUGAGAUUUGAGUUUGAAUAAGUCAGCUAUAUGAUGUUAUCGCUAUACUUUCCUAGCUUGGGAAUGCAAAUUUAUUUCAUCGUUUUAACACUAUUUUAAUAAAACUUUAUGGAAAUUCCAUAACUUUUUUUUUAAAAAUUUGAUCUCAUAUAAGUCUUGUUUACUAGGGAACGUUUUUCACCACUGGUUGAACUUUUGAUGGAACUUCCCUGAUAGGCGCUUUAGGGCCUCCAGAUUCCAGAACAAGAAAACAGUUUCUCGCAAUAGGUCUCUUUUUCGGGUUAGGACGUUUCAAAAGCCCGAAAUAGUGCUUUUUGUCAUAAUUUGCGUAUUUUAAAGCUCCAUAACUCGAAUAAAGAUCUAUUGCGAGAAUUUUUUUUUUCUUAUUUUCCUAUCAGAUACACUUGAUCAAUGUUUCAUCAAAAGUUUAACCGGGGGCGUAAAAAACGUUCCCUAAUUAGUUGUUUUCAGUCAUAAAAUAAUCUGAUAGGCGACUCUUUCAAAAUCUCCGGAGAUAAUAGAUUUUAAUCUUUCCCAUGCGUAUUUUUUCCCAGUGAACGGUCGCCAGCAGAGUUCUCAGCCCUUUUAACCGCCGAAAAUGUCGAUUGUCGAUCGCCCCAGCAAUUAUCACUGCUGCACAUCGCGUGUGCUGGCCACAGUGAUUCGGUUUCCGAAAAAUAAAUUUGAUUGAUUCAUUAUUUGUUUCAGCAAAAGUCCAAGUUGAAAGCCAUCCUGGAAGUCUGCGAUAACGACGAUUCGAAAAGAAGAAGUCUCCUGUCGUUACUCACGGCGAAUGGCUUUUCUGCCUUGCAUAUUGCUAUUUAUAAGGUUGGAUAUGUCUAAGAAAGAUAAUGAUAAUAUUAGUAAUAUCAGGUUGGUACUGCAUAGGGUAAAAGAUAAAUAGUGUAAAAUAAUCCAAAGAAAAAAAGUUUCAGUAGAAUAAUGAGUACCGGGGGUUAGUCCAUCCUAACAAGGAAGGUUAUUUUACUCUGCGGUUGGGAUUUUUCAGAAACUUGGCCAGGACACUUAUUGAUGUACCUGGAAAGAAACCUGGAAGUCUCAACCUGUACAAAUUCUUCUUGGUUUUUGAAAAAGGACACCUCAAAGAGGAUGAAAACUUGUUGAAAUUAGUUUUUUUUUUUGAGGCGGCUUUGAGCAUUUAUUUCUGGUUAAUUUGUGCAGGUAGAGCUCUAUUUGAGACGUCAAGGAGUUUUUUGGCCAAUUUUUAGAAAAAUCCCAGCCAAAAAGGGAAGACCUUUCUUGUAAGGAGUAGACUUGGACCCGGAGAUAGACAAGAAAAGGGAUUGAUUCGAAAAAAGGCGGAAUUUCGGCGAUCUUUAAGCUUGCCCCCUAGAGAAUCAGUGGGGACGUUAAAAUAUAUACUAGAGGUCAAUUUAUUUCAUAAGAGGAUAGUUUUGGAAAAAAAUAAUCUUGUUCAGAAUACUUCCUGAUUCACCUAAAUGCCUCAAUCUGCACAAGUUCCCAGUUUCUGAGAGUCUAAAAACCAUAUUUGGCUUGUUUUUACGGGUUCUGAUGGUUCUCUAUAACUUGAAGUUAUUUUUACUCGGGGAAACGUUGGGAAGCUCAUGCUUUCGGUUCCUCAAAAGACGUUUGGAAGCUUUCCAACGAGUGGUCAAAAAUCCUCCAUAUAUUUUCCCAACACCUCUACCUGCCUUCCAGAAGCUUGCUGGGAGGCUUCUGGUAGGCCUUUUCAACUUUUUCGCCUUCUAAAGACCUUUCAAAUACCUUCUGAACACCUUCCCAAGGCCUUCUCAAGAUCUUCUAAUUUCCAAUCACCUUCCGACCUCCUGCUGGUUACCUUGCCCUCAGGUGGAAGUUGGGAAGCUUCUGCUUUCGGUUCCUCGGAAGACGUUUGGAAGCUUCCCAGGGAGUGGUGUAUCUUACCAACACCUCUACUUAUCAUCCAGAAGCUUGCUGGAAAGCUUCUAGUAGAGCUUUUCAAGCUUUAAACUUCCCAACAUCUUCCAAACACCUUCCCAAGGCCUUCUGAAGACCUUCUGGCUUCCAUUCACCUUCCAACCUCGUGCUGGUUACCUUCCCAAACACCUUUCCAGGAUCCGCCAGAGUACUCGAAAACGGAGAAGUUGUGCAGCUUUUAAAAGACUUAUAGGAUCGUCAUCUGGUUUAUCACGGCGUAUUCUGGAAAUGACUUACUAGGUAACAAUUUUUUAGGCCCUGGUUAAAAUUUUGGGGAAGCUUUGCGGAAUUGUAUUAGAGGACGCUUUGAAAGCUCGAAAUAACGAUUUUUGUCAUUAUAAGGGUUAUAAAAGUUUCCUAGUUGAUAAAUUUCCAUCGGUAAAGUAUAAUAAUCUUUCUUACCGGGAAUUUUUGAGUUCAAAAUUAACUUAAGGGCGAAAAUGAGCUGGUCGACUGUUUGUUGGAAACUGGCGCGGAUCCGUGUCUGGCCAGUCGCCAGCAACUUCCGCCCCUGCAUUUGGCGGCUAUGACUGGCGCUUCUGAUAUCGUUCAGGUGGAUAGAAACUUUUAAAGAUUCAUUAUUUUGCCAUGUUUCCAGAAACUUCUCGACAAGGGUGCUCCCCUGUACACCAAUGACUUUGUACACUUCACGGCUCUCCACUGUGCCACUUAUUUCGCCCAAGAACAGGCAAGUGAUAUAAUUGAUCAUCAAUCUGUACUGGAGGGGACUCCGUUGAACUUGUUGCCUUUCUUCUGAAAUAACCUGGGGUUGAUCCCAACUAUCAAGGGAAUAUGGUCAUAGUGGAGAAAGAAAGGAGCGAUUUUAAGGAAGAGCUUUUCAUUCCGCCCUGUUCACGGCGUUUUUGUUAGUGGAAGAAAAUGCGAAACCAAAAACACGUUGGGCGGAGCCAAAAUAUCCACCGUUCCCACGUGACGUCAUGAGGACGGUUGAGAUUUCGGCUCUAAGAGCGUAAAUAACAGUUUAAAGGCGCAGGCCGCCGUAUUGCCAGAGAUCUUUAAGAUGAAUCGAAAUUUCUCUACAUAAGCGCAAUUUUCUGCGCAAACGCGGCGCAGUGCAUGCACACGACACACGACACUUUACGAAGAAAAAGUUCGCGAAUAAACGCCGUGUGUUACUAUGGUCAUGUGUUCUCCAGUUUUGAAGAAGUAGAAAAGUGCUUUGGAAAGAGAAUUUGUUCAGUCCUCGCGCGAGAGUCGUUUUUGGUCGACUGCAACUUUUUAGUAACCGCGUGGCAUCCAAUGCGUUGCAAGUAACUUUAACAUUCCUUUUUUGCGAAUCUAGGUUGUCCGACUCCUGCUGGCCAGAGGCGCUGACGCCAACUGGGAGGGCGCCGUGAAGGAUCGGCCGCUUCAUUUGGCCGCUGGGAAAGGCCUCAUCACUAUAACCAACUUGUUGCUGGAUGCCGGGGCUGAUCGUGAGCUUCAACCUCAAGCUCCGCCUUGAAUAUGUGAACUUCCAGCACUCCUGGCGGAUGAUGAAGGAAAUCUAGCCUUGCACUACGCUGCCAAAUCUGGCCAUUUGGCUGUGCUGAACGUCAUGCUCAAGAAGGUCAAGGGAGUUCAUGAGGUGAUAUUGAUUUUCAUGGAAUAUUUGUCCCCACUGUAGAGAUCAACCAUUGUUAGGAAUGAAAAUCGGCUGAAUUUUUUUAGCGAGUCGCCACUCGGAACCUCUACGGAGACACCCCGCUUCAUUUGGCUUGCUACGCCGGUCGUUUAGAUCUGGCCAAGGCCAUCAUUUCCUGUGCUUCUACGAAUAUUGUCAACAUGGUGGGAUUUCCCAGUUUAAAAAUCAGAGAAAAUAGGUUUUUUUUUAGGAAGGUUGCUUGACUUAGGAUGUCUAGAGUGGUCCCUAUAGGGUCCGAAAAGCGGUCCCUUUAGGGGUAAAAUCAAGGUGGUCCCUAUCGGGGUUUAAUGGCUGAUCACCUAGCCCUGGAGUGGUCCCUAUAGGGGUUUAGGGUUUUUCUUUCAACUUCAUUAAAAAGGCUUAUUUAUUCAACUUUUCGCAAGGAAAUGCUUCUUCGCAAAGAGUACAUAAAAUUAUUGAUUAGUUUGUCCGCUAUAGGGACCACUUUAGCAAACUUUAGUGGCCCCUAUAGGGGUUGGUAAAGUGGUCCCUAGAGAUGACCCUCCAAAGGCCCUCAAGGUUGUCCCUAUAGGAACCACUCUGAAGUCCUAAGAACUCGAAAAUGAUGUCAUUUCCAACUCUCACUUGAAUUUCUGAAGCCUUAAGCCAAAAUUUGCAAGUCUUUGUUUCUGAACCUCACUCUUUCUGUUGACCUGAUUUCAAAAAUCACAAUUUAUAAGUUAUCUUUGCACUAAAUCUCCGAGAAGACGUUCUAUCAAAACUUUAUUCAAAUAAAAGAAUUUUUUAGGAGAACGUCUUCUCAGAGACGCCUCUACAUGCAGCAUGCACCGGAGGGAAAUCCGUCGAACUCGUUGCCUUUCUUCUGAAACAGCCUGGCGUUGAUCCCAACUAUCAAGGACAGGAUGGUCAUACUGGUAUCGUGAAGAUAACAAGAAGCAUUCCGAUGAAAAAAAAUCUAGCUCUUCAUUCCGCCUGCUACCAUGGUCAUGUUCGAUUGGUCCAAUAUUUGCUGGAAAAUGGGGCCGAUCAGUCGUUGGCCGCUAGGGCUGUGGAGGGUGGAACUCUUGGGCAGCAAGCUGGAGGUAAGGAUGUGAAAAAAUAUGGGUUUCACGCAGAGCUUGGUCAAUACGAUAAGAAGGGUUUAGAGGAAAAAAUAAAAUUAAAAAACUGCGAAAACUUUUUUUGCUUUUCAGAAGGUCUCCCUUUUUUCAUUAUUUCUCGAGCCUUCAAGAUACCAGAAAAAAAUGGAAGGUUUAAAAAAGGGGACCCUUUUUGGGGCUGCCUUUUUCUUUUUAGAAGGUUUUCUAUAUGAAAAAAGUGUUUCUUUCAACAUUUUUUUGGUUUUUUUAUUCGAGUAGAAGAAAAAUCUUGGAUAUGAAAAAGUCGGAAAGGGUGGAAAAAGGCUGCAUAGAAAGUGUAUUACAGGGUGAAAAAGGCUCCUUUUUUGUGGCCUUUUUGCGUCAUUUCAUCGGCUUUUAUGCACCAUUUUUGCUGCCUAUCCCUUUUUUGAUCAUUUCUUGAUACCAUAGGGCUUGAUAAAGGGGCCCUUUUUGCGACCUUUUUUGAGCCUAUCCCUUUAAGCGGUCAUUCUCCACCAUUCCGACUUUGCCCGAAUGUUGGAAAUACUAGAAAAAAAUAUCAAAAGUUUUUUCGUUCGAUAGAAGGUGCAAGGAAACAAUGCUUGAAUAAAGAUGGGAUGUUUUCGCGGAAAUUUUCUGGGUAGGGUUUUUAAAGGAGCAUCGAAUAACUUGUGAACCUCAUGAAUUUUGUGUUAUUUUGAACUAUUCGAAGCUUGAACGCCGUUAAAAAAACCAGCAGAGGUUUUUGACCCAAGGAAAAAUCCAUUUUCAGUAGGUCGAGUGUCGAAAGUGACGGCGGCGAUCAUGGCUUUGAACCGACCGGACACUCCUUCCAGCAUGUCUUCUCAUAACUCGACAAUCUCUAUGGAGGUUCAAUGCGCAAUUGAGAAUGAGUUUGGAAGUGGCACCUCUAGGACCAACAAACUCCAGUCAUCUGGGCCUACGAACGUGGUCACGACCGGAUCGUGGCGAUGCUCAAGCACUACGCGAACCGCGCCAUGGAAGGCGACGUCUGCAGCGAGUACAGCUCCGGCGAGUCCUCCUACACGCCGCUGCCGUCGCCAAUGGGACGGCUGACGUCGCUGACUCGCGACAAGGCCGAGCUCCUCCAGCUCCGGUCCGCCCUGCCGGCUCUUUUUCAUCUACCUCUGGCCGAGAUCGAGUUCCAGGUGUCUUUUUGCUGUCAGAAGGAUUUUUAACUGCGCGUCAUAAUUAUGACUGCGCGUCAUAAUUAUUGACUCACUUCCAUUUUUGCCGUUUUCAAAAAAAUCUCUUAAACUUUUUGCUUUCUAUGUGGCUUCUAUGGGGAGGGAAAAGCUUGAAAAAAGAUCGUAUGGAUAGAAUAAAAAGGGGGUCACUGCGCGUCAUAAUUAUUGACUCACUUCCAUUUUUGCCGUUUUUCAAAAAAAUCUCUUAAACUUUUUGCUUUCUAUGUGGCUUCUAUGGGGAGUGAAAAGCUUGAAAAAAGAUCGUAUGGAUAGAAUAAAAGGGGGGUCACUGCGCGUCAUAAAUAUAGACUCAAUUCCAUUUUUUUGCCGUUUUUCAAAAAAAUCUCUAAAACUUUUUGCUUUUUAUGUGGCCCCCAUACUCACUUGAGUGGUAUUUUCAAAUAAAAAAGAAACAAGAAAAUUUCAACCCAAGUAAAAAAAAAAUGAACGCUGACCCAGGGUGCGUCUACUUUUUGACGAAUUUUGGAAAAAUGUAAUUCUUUUUUCGAUUGUUGUUCAUUUCAGCGUUUAUCAUUAAAAAAAACCUUUACUCAGCUCAAAAAUUAUUUUUUUCGUGUCUAGUUAUAAACAUUUAUACCGGUUUCUGUUCAGAAAUCAGAAGCCUGCAACUCUCAUGCAAAGCUGUCGAGCUACGUUCUAGGCAUGAAUUCAAAAAAUGUCGUUUUCCCAGCACAUUAAUUAACUUGCACUCAUCACCUUUAAGAAAAGUCUUUCAGAAGUUUUUUUUUCGCAGUUCAAAGAAAGUCAUUAAGAAAUAAUUUAACAGGUAGGAUUAUUGCUGAAAUCGCGCCAAAUACGCAACCAGUUUGCAUGCUAAAAUCAAGACCCCGGCAUUUCAAUUGUUAAACCUGGACUUAUAUAGUAAAGUUAAACGGCUAUUAAUCGAUCGUAAGAACCUCCUUUUACAGUUUCAUCCCCAGUUUAUUAAUUCCUUUUUUCAUCUUUAUUCAUUCCAAGCUCUGAGACAGAUCGGAAAUGAAAAAAUGACACUGCGAGAAAAUUUCCUUUUCAGGAAGCCAUCGGAAGCGGAUCUUUUGGCAAAGUGUACAAAGGCACUUAUCGUGGGAGGACUGUUGCUGUGAAAAGGUGAAAAAAUAAAUUAAUAUCACGAUUUUUGAAUUUUUCAGAUACCGAGCCAUGGCUUUCGGCUGCAAAUCCGAAACUGACAUGUUGUGUCGAGAAGUAAGGAACUGCGAAAUAAAUUUAUAAUUUUUUGGACGUUUUUUAGGUCUCAAUCCUCUCACGGCUAGCUCAUCCGAACGUUGUCGCUUUCGUCGGUGCGUCUUUGGAUGAUCCUAGUGUAAUUAAAUCUUUUUUUUGACGCGAAAUCAAGAAGAUGAGUUUUCAGCAGUUCGCAAUAAUCACCGAGUAUGUGGAGAACGGGUCCCUGUUUAAUUUGCUCCACGAACAGAAACGGUAAUGCUUAGGAUAAACUAGGGAUUUCUUUCUUGAUUUUCUUCUUACGUCUUUGUACCCCAAGUCGAUUAGCCGAAGUCCUAUCAUGAUAUCAGUGAUAGUGGACCGGCUCUGGCGACAUACCCGUCCUUGUGUGGAAGGGCUCGGGUGGGUUUUUGAAGUCACGGUUUCCCACUGCCAACAACCCCUUGGGUGGGUCGAGACGGGGAUCAAACUUUUGACCCUGUGGACCGUAGACAGGCACACAACCAAUUGCGCUAGAGUCAACAAAACUUUUUUUCAAGUUUUAUCAUACGUUCUCCGAGAAAAGCGAUCAACCGUUGGCACUAAAAAUUCAAAAUGCUCAUGCUUUUGCCACAUCAACUACAUAAGCUUCUGAACUUUUUAGUUAAGGUUUUGACAGGCUUCGCCCCUUUUGUAGAUUACUGUAGUCGGAACACGAAAAAAAUCUAACUUAAAAGAGUCUAAUAUACUCUGUGUGCCACAACUCGAAAUUUCACCGAACGACAUUCCGCUGCGUGCGUUCGCGAAGCGUCUUUCGAAUCUAGGUCACGCUUUCAAUUGAUUGUUAUUGCUGUGGGAACACAUGAAAGCGCGACCAAGGUUCGCAAAGGCGCGCAGCGGCACAGCGAAAUGUCGUUAGGUGAAAUUCCAAGUCGUCGUACACAGACUAUAGUGCUAAAUUAUUCCAAUCAGAGCGAAAAGUAAAACAUCGUUUUGCGGAAAGAGAAUGACGAAAAAUUGCUACAAGGUCAGAUUCUAUGAAGACGUGCUACUUUUCAUGCUUUAUGCUUUUUAUGCUUUAGAAAAAGAAUUCAUUCAACUUUUUUUUUUUGCUUGAAGAUUGAAUGGCCAGUAGGAGAACAAAAAAAAACUGAGUGACAGAAUAUUUUCCAUUACCCCAUAUCAAUCUGGAGUCUUCAAAGCUUCGAUAAACAUUCCAAAGUGCAGUAAAAAGUUAUUUAGUGUACUGGACACUUCAUUUCGACUUCGGGUUUCUCUGGACGUCGCCCGCGGCAUGCGGUAUCUUCACGACAGCGCCGCCAGGCCGGUCAUCCAUAGGUAUGUCUUGAAAAAUGAACGUAAAAGGUUUAUUUGAUCUUCUAACAAUUUGAUGGAUUUUUUAUGGUAUGGUAGUGGUCUUAAGGGCCUGAAAAGAGUUCAAAAAUAAAGGGUUAGGGAAAAUGACGUAGAAUGUCUUCAAGCUGCGUGAAAAAUCGCGUAUUUCCACAAAAAUUUCUUGGCUUCAGAGAUCUCAACAGCCAUAAUAUCCUGAUUCAUUCGGACGGUCGGUCAGUCGUGGCGGAUUUUGGAGAAAGUCGAUUUGCCAGCCAAAGGGAGGACGAGAAUCUUACCAAACAGCCUGGGGUCUUUAAGAGAAAAAUAGGAAAAAUAAAAUAAUUGUUCAGAACUUGAGAUGGAUGGCGCCCGAGGUGUUCUCUCAGUGCGGGAGGUACGAUAGGAAGGUUGACGUUUUUAGGUAAGGAUCCUUAGAAAAUGUACAAAUUUCACGGUUCCUUUUUCAUUUUUCUUGGGGAUAGAUGAACGAUUUUUCGUGAAAACCUGAUUAUCGUCUUUAUCCUCGUCUCUUUUUUCGAUUUAAAACAAGAAAUGACCACAUUCUACAGUUUCGCCUUGGUCGUUUGGGAGGUCCACAGUGCAGAACUGCCCUUCUCGCAUUUGAAACCGGCGGCUGCCGCAGCCGAGAUGACUUAUAAACGAGGUCCGAAAAAUGCCCGCAUUUUAAAAGGAUCGGUUUUUUAGGACGACCAACCUUACCUAAUCAGCCAACAACACAAUUCCCUCCUCACAUAUUGUCAUUACUGCCCCAGGCCUGGCAUCCGGAGCCGCAGUGUCGACCUGAGUUUUCUCAAGUUUGAAGUAAACGUUUAUAGUUUGAACCUUGUUUGAUCAUCAGAUCGUCCCCUUACUGGAGCCGCACGUCGACGCUCACACCGACAUUGCGGCGCCGUCUACCGUCUCUCAGUUGAAAUCCCAGUGGGAGCAGCUGAGCAUCGCUCCGCCGGCUCGUUCUGGUCGGUCUUACCACGAAAAAUACCGAUUUACAAUGCUGAUACAGUAUUCCCGCCGGUUCUAUCAGCUCUUCAUGGAAUCUCGGCCACUGGUACCGUCGAGGAGCUCCGACAGCGGCUCGACAACAACGGAUAUGUUAUCCAGAAAUGA